AAAUAUAUUUUUCUGUUAUCAGUGGUGAUGGCUGUUCUUUCCUUACUUUACACCAGCCGAAAUGCUGUGUUGCCAUGGUUUCCAAAUGCCAUUUUCCUUACAACUUCUUGGCUUUGGCUUGUGGAAGCAGACGGGUUGAUGGCAUGGCCAGCCAGAUAGAAUAUCUUUCCCCGUUACAUCCAUCAGCAGGGAUGUUGAUCUUUCUGUAAGGAAAAUAUAUAUCUUUUCGUAAGGUGCAAGCCACGUAGCCUGUUUUGGCUACAAAAUGACUCUACUGGCUGUAGUUCUAUCAUACUGGUUAUUGAAUACUGGAAAAAAAUUGUUUUCCUUCACCUGUGCUGGUGGCCUAAGAGUUAUUUGCAUAGUUGGUGUGUGGUGAUAUGUGCGCGCGUGUGUGUGUGUAAGAGGGAGAAUCAGCUGUCCUUCUCUCCUUUUCUGCCUCUUUGUGCAAUUUCGGAUGUUCUUCCAGGAGCAAUGCAGGGAAAAUGAAAAUAGAUGGCAAGUUCUUUUGCCAUCUAUUUGGAUUUUUUGCUAUCUUUGGAUGGGUUUUUAGCAGUUGAGGCAUUAGGAAAUGUACUGGGAAAGAGCAGCUUUUAGUUUCUUUUCCCUGUCUAGGUAGAGAUGGGAAGAUCUAACCUCUUUCUGAAUUACAGGUGUUAAUCAUAUUCAAAGAAUUGUGUUAUUUUCAUCUUCAGUUCUAGCUAGAGGGGAAGCUGCCACUUAAAUCCACCUGCAUCAUGUACAAGACCAGGGAAUGUCUGGGAAUAUUGUAUUGUCUUCUGUGAAGCCACAGUUUUGAGCAAAGGUCCAAUACAAGAAAUACCUGUGUUGUGGUUGGGCUUAGGAGAAUUACUAGGCUGAGGAGGAAUGUUAUGAUCUUAAUAUGAUAGGAAUCAGUCCUGUAGGGGAAAUGGUUACCGAAGUUACAUUCACUCUUGUUUCGAAAGUAUUGGGUCAUGAAUUGAAUCAACAGUUGAACUGAUUUUUAUAUAUCUAUUAAUUUAUUUGAUGUGAUAUGCAGCUGUGGUGGUAAAGGCAUACUGCUAACUCUUGUAUGAGUUCAGUGUUUAAGUAAACGUCCCAGGGAGGUGGAGGUGAUGGUGGCAUUCUGCUGGGAAGUGCACGUGCCACUGAGAGCCUCCAGUUGCCUUGCUGUUGUCAUGAACAACAGAGAGACAGUAGUCCAUUUCUCUUUUCUCUGAUCUGUCCCCAGAUGGGGCAUUUUCUGCUUUGAAGGACAAACAAAGGCAUCGUCUUGCUUACUUAUUUCUUUUUAUGUUAUGACUUAGGGAGCUUGCAUUAGUGUGCAUCCAGUUCAUUGUCAUGUAUUCUUCACUCCAAGGGUGGGACAGGAGGCCAUGCUGAACUUGUUGUGGAUAAGGCUCAGGGCUUCUUUCAGCCUAAGAGGAUUUCCCCAUUCUUCCCCAAAAGAAAACUGUUUAGCUGCAGAGAUUUGGCCUUAUGCUUUUAAAGAAAUUAUCUGAGGUUUUAGUAGAUUGCUACUGUUCUACAAUUCACUAGAAACAGUUGAGUAAUCCACUAAUCUCAAGACAUCUUCAUCUACAUGGAAUCAUCUGUUAUCAACUGUCUACCUUCAAAAUUUAUGUGGAUAUCUAACAAAUCACAUCAGAUGCCCAGGACGGUCAGGAAUGUCACCAUCAAGUAUUGCGAACCUGACCCUAAAAUCAAAGGAGUUAUCAGUCCUGAAUCAGUAGUUGUGUAUAGUGUUUCUUACACCACUUCAAAUACAAUGAUGUUUGUAGUUUUAAGUAGCUUUCUGAGGAGAAAUAAGUUAAUAGCUUCUUGGGAAUUGGGUUCUCUUUUAAAAUGUUCCCGGAACAUUUUUUUCUGCUCUUCUGAGGACAAUGCUAAUUUCAAGAGGAACAUACAAUUAACAAACUGCAGGAAAUUUUGUGUUUGUCUGAAUAUUUAACCAGCUGAUUACACGGCAUUAUUUUUUAUGGGGUGUGUGGGAACUGCUGAGUCAUGGCCUGAUUGAACACCUGAGGUGAGCAAUGAGUCAGCCAUGGGAACACAGGUGAAGGCAAUUCUCCUGUGCUGCUGGAAGGGCUGGAGCCUGGCUGCACCUCUCUUAGACCCAUUUAAGAGCUGGCUACCAGUGGGGAAGGAUCUCUUCUGGAGAUCUCUUUGGAGUUUUACAGUGAGCCCAGGACGAGAUUACUAUAACUCCAGGUGGUACAAUCCAGAUCUCUAAUCCACCUUCUGAUGGUACCCAGGGACUGCACGCGUUAACAAUGACAAAUUCAGGAGCUCCUCAGCCAGGUGCUACCAUUGUGCAAUACGCAGCACACUCAUCUGAUGGUACACAACAGUUUUUUGUUCCUGGAAGCCAACUUGUUGUUCAAGCUGCCACUGGAGACAUGCCGUCCUACCAGCUUCGGACUCCCACUACUAACUUACCUCAGGGAGUGGUAAUGGCAGCCUCACCAGGGGCUCUGCAUAGUCCUCAGCAACUGGCAGAAGAGGCAACGCGCAAGAGAGAGCUGCGGCUUAUGAAAAAUAGGGAAGCUGCCAGAGAAUGUCGCAGAAAGAAGAAAGAAUAUGUCAAAUGUCUUGAAAAUCGUGUGGCUGUGCUUGAAAACCAAAACAAGACUCUCAUUGAGGAACUCAAGGCCCUCAAAGAUCUUUAUUGUCAUAAAGCAGAAUAACUGUCUUUCAUUUGGACCUUGUUUAUUAUGAACUUUAAUCAAGGCAUGAGAGGAAGCAAUUCUACAGAUUGCCAUAUGAACUUGAGAAAGAGACACUUGAGGCCCUUGUGGAACCCCACUUUUGCUUAAUGUUUUCAGACUUAUUUGGGAGAUGCUCCAAAAUUUGGAAUUCAGUUGUAGUCUCCCUACUCUGCUGAGCUUUCUAAUAGCAUGCAAAUGGCUUGUUGUUUGCACUUUUUACUUCUGCUUUUUGCAGGGAAGCUGCUAAAGAAUGUCGACGUCGGAAGAAAGAAUACAUAAAAUGUCUGGAGAGUCGUGUUGCAGUGCUAGAAGUUCAGAACCAGAAACUUAUAGAGGAGCUUGAAACCCUUAAAGACAUUUGCUCUUCCAAAGCAGAUUAGUAAAAAUAUUUAUUAUACUGUGAACUGACCUGAAAUAUGUCCGGUUGCUUUAUAAGGCAAUACAAGGCCAAUAUGAAUUAUGGCUUUCUCUGUGUCAUUUAUAUUAUAUUCCAACUUCCAACAUUCCUGAAAUGCUUUCCUGCUUUUUGUCAAUUCAUAGCUCUGCUUACAGGUUUUCCACGUUCCACCUUCCACCUCCCAAGGAGCCAAAUGAUUUAAACAAAAAAAAAAAUCGAAGUCAAAAAAAACCAUAAUUUCUAAGAGCUGUUUCUUUGCCAUAUAUUUACAUGCUACUUUUUACGUGUACUGCUAGCGUUCAGCACAUGCAAACUAUUUUGCAGCUGUUUCAAAUGAAUCAAAGAUAAUGCAUCCGGUAAUAUGAGAAAAAUCAAAUAACUCAAGGUAUCUCAGGAAAGAGUUUAUAAAAGAAUGUUAUGAUUACAUGUAUGUAUUAGCAAACUGGUCUACAAAUGAUUUUAUGACAUAUUUUUAUAUUAGUUGCUUUGUGGAAAGAAAAAGUAUUGUAUUGCUAUCACUGAGUGCCAUGGCUAAAGAUAGUUUUUAAUAGAAUGAUGUUGUUUAA